CUGAAAACAAGACAUCAGUUCAGUCUCGUCCUGCAACCUGCAACUCUUUGCACGCAGAAGAACCAACCAAGCAGAGCUCGGCAGCGGGAGAAGCGAAGGAAAACGAUGGCACCAGUUUUGCAGAGCUCACAACCCUGGGUUGAAAAAUAUCGGCCAAAGCAAGUGAAAGACGUAGCCUACCAGGAUGAAGUGGUGCGGGUUCUCACGAACACCCUCGAGACUUCAAGUUGCCCACACAUGCUCUUUUAUGGACCUCCUGGAACCGGAAAAACCACAACUGCAUUGGCCAUUGCUCACCAGCUCUUUGGGCCUGAGCACUACAAGUCACGUGUUUUGGAGCUCAAUGCAAGUGAUGACCGUGGAAUAAAUGUUGUCCGGACUAAGAUCAAGGAUUUUGCCGCUGUAGCUGUGGAUACUAGACCACAUCAUGGGAAUUAUCCUUGUCCACCUUUCAAGAUCAUUAUCCUAGAUGAGGCAGAUUCGAUGACUGAAGACGCUCAGGCAUGUAAUGCCUUGAGGCGUACAAUGGAGACGUAUUCUAAAGUUACAAGAUUCUUCUUCAUAUGCAAUUACAUAAGCAGGAUUAUCGAGCCCCUUGCUUCGAGGUGUGCAAAGUUUAGGUUCAAGCCACUUUCAGAAGAAAUCAUGAGUGGUCGUAUACUGCAUAUCUGUAAGGAGGAAGGUAUCUACCUUGAUGAAAAGGCUGUUUCAACCUUGGGCUCCAUAUCACAAGGAGAUCUUCGCCGGGCAAUCACAUACUUGCAAGGAGCAGCUCGCUUGUAUGGGUCAUCGAUUUCAUCUGAUGACCUAAUUAACGUUUCUGGGGUUGUUCCCCAGAGUGCUGUUGAGUCAUUUCUCGCAGCUUGUAAAAGUGGCAACUUUGAUAAGGCAAAUAAAGAAGUCAGUAAUGUAAUAUCUGAUGGGUACCCAGUCUCUCAGAUGGUUUCCCAGUUAUUUGACGUGGUGGUCGAAGCUGAUGAUAUAUCAGAUGAACAGAAGGCUCGCAUAUGCAAAAACAUGGGCUCAGUAAAUAAGUGUCUAGUAGAUGGAGCUGAUGAGUACUUGCAGCUGCUAGAUGUUGCUAGCAACAUUAUCAAAGCCCUGCACAAUAUGCCAGAAGAGUUCUCUUACGAGUGUUAAGUACUGGCUGCUCUCUGUAUAAUCUAAAACUAGGUAGAGAUAAUGACCUUAGCCUCUAUGAAAAGAGUCUUCACUAUGAUACUUGAGCUUGAAGCUAAAACACCAUUGAGUGUUGUUCCUUAUCAGUUCACGACUGUGUACGAAAAGAAGAAUAAGUCUGCUUCCCUUAACUUGAUCACCUUCAACUAGUGCGGUGGGACGUACGUAGUUAAGAAUGGUUUUUGUCAAAAGGUUAAUAACAUUUUGUACUCCUGUACUAUGUAAAUUGACAAACGUAUCCUUUUAUUAAAUUUUAUACAAAUAUACCCUUAUAAUAUUAAAAUGUAACGACCCUUUCAUCUAAUUAUCUGUUAAGUGACCA